AUGAUCAGAAAACAAGCAAGAGAAAGGAGAGAGUAUCUUUAUAGAAAGGCCUUACAACUUCAAGAGGCAUCACGCACGGAAAAACGUCAACAGCUCAAAGCAGCGUUGGCACUGGGGAAACCAUUAUCAAAGGAAUUAGCAGAAGAUACUCAACUACAACGCGAUUUUAUAUACGAUCAAAGUGAACAAGACCAACUAGAUAUUGAUGAUGAGUAUAGCGCUCUUUCGGGAAUAUCUGAUCCAAAAGUAGUCAUCACUACAUCUAGAGAUCCAAGUGUUCGAUUACUACAAUUUUCUAAAGAAAUCAAAUUGAUGUUUCCAAAUAGCUUGAAAUUGAACCGUGGUAACUACAUCAUUAAUGAUCUAGUCAAGACCUGCACCAGAGUUCAAGUUUCUGAUUUGAUAAUAUUGCACGAACACAGAGGUGUACCUACGUCCCUCACAGUAAGUCAUUUUCCCCAUGGACCAACCGCUAUAUUCACUUUACACAAUGUCAAAUUAAGACAUGAUUUACCAAACUUGGGUAACAUAAGUGAAUCCUAUCCUCAUUUAAUUUUUGAAAAUUUCAAUACACCAUUGGGUAAAAGGGUGGUUAAAAUCUUGCAACAUUUGUUCCCACCUGGAGUUAAACGUGAUUCAUCAAGAGUAAUUACAUUUGUUAAUAAUGAUGAUUAUAUAAGUGUCAGGCACCAUGUUUAUGUUAGGACUAGGGAUAGUGUUGAGAUUAGUGAAAUUGGACCAAGAUUUGAAAUGAAGUUAUAUGAAAUUAGAUUGGGAUUGGCUGAUAAUACCGAUGCUGAUGUAGAAUGGCAAGUGAGGAGGUUUAUACGUACUGCAAAUAGAAAGAACUACUUGUGA